AUGAACAAUCAUUAAGUUCAAAGUCCUCAAAUAUUCAAUAGCCAUUAUUUAAGAACAGAUUAUAAAGUGAAUCCCUAACCUUUAGUUCUCAAUUUAAAUCAAUCUAGAUAAAGUUCCAAGGCACUCUCUGUGGAUAGAGGUAAACCAUUCAUACAAACUAGUUUUACAGUCAAACUCAAAUAAGCAAAUUAGAAUGUGGAAUAACUUAUUGAUCUUUGGCAAAGACAUAAAUCAAUUACCUAAACUACUCCAACUCACAUAUCCUAAUCAUUUCACUAUCAUUCUACUACAUAAAAAAAUGAAAGCUUUGUGAUCGGUACAUAUUUAUAUAGAUAAUUGUUAGAGGAGAUUCCAGAAACAAGAGAAGUAAGUCCAUUGAAGCCAGAAGAAAUAAUGAUAAAACCUAGAUAAUUAUUUGAGAUAAAUUAAUCAACAUCCAAAUUACCUUCAACACAUUAAUAAAAUUCUAAUCAUAAGAAGACAAGUUCAUUAUAUGUAGGAGCAUUAUCAAGUAAAAAUAGAUAUAAAUUCAAUUUAGAGAGUGAUGCCUUUUCAGGUACUAAAAAAGCAGCUAAAGAGAAUCUAAAAUUAUCAAAUAAUGGAACUUCUGGUAGUAAAAAAACACAAUUUAAUUCAUCUUCUAAAAAAUUACCUAAGGAACUUUCAGCUAUAGUUUUACAAUUACAAUCAGUUUAAAAAUCUUUAUUACCUUAUUACUAAAAAUUAGAUAAAGGUAAGAAAACUGAAAUAGAUGAAUAAUUUAAUAUUCUAAUAAACUAAAUAAAGAGUGAUUUCACAAAAUGA